CAAUAUAAAUAGUCCACUGCAAAACAAUAUUCAAUCAAUCAAUCUGUAGAGAGAGAGAGAGAGAGAAUGGGGAGAGACUGCCAUCCUUUGUUGAGGGGAGGGAGAAGACAGAGUAAAUAUGAUCAUGGGUUUUCGAGGUCAGAUAUGGAAACUCUGGCUAGCAUUUGUGAGGUUUUCCUACCUUCUCUGCCUUUGAAUAAUAAUAAUAAUAAUUCUCUAGAGCUCACUGCACCAGGAAAGGACUGCCAAACCAACAACCCCAUUCCAUCCUUCCUCAAAGCUUCUGCCUCUCAAUAUCCAAUACCUGACGAGGUUGCAACGAGAAUAGCGAAGAGGGGAUUUUUGGAAGCUGUGAUAUUGGUGAGAGUGGUUUUGAGAGUUCUGUCAACUAGGUUGGGGACUUUAUUGCUUUGCGGGUCUCUCUGUUUUACUGAUAAAUGGCCAUUCCUCAACAACUUCUCACAUAUCUCCCUCGACAAGAGAGAGCAGAUUAUUCAGAGAUGCUUCAGAAAUUGGCUUCUCAUGCCCAUCAGACUUGGAUUUGUGUUGCUCAAAUUAGUCUGUUUAUUGGUCUUCUUCUCUCAGGUUGGAGAAAAUGUAGAUAAUCCUUCAUGGGAAGCCAUUGGGUAUCAUGUAGACACCAAAGAAAAGAUACCAGAGGAAGGGAAGGAGAGGCCUCUUCAGAAAGGAAUAGUAGAAACCAUGCAUGAGACUGAAUCAAGCCUUGUUCAUUCCCUCACCCAAAAAGGCCUCAAAGUCAGAGUAGAUCCUAAAGAAAGCCUCUACAAGAUCAAAUGUGACGUUGUAAUAGUUGGGUCAGGUUGUGGUGGAGGUGUUGCAGCUGCUGUUCUUGCAAGUUCAGGCCAGAAAGUCAUCGUUCUUGAGAAAGGGAACUAUUUCAGUAGUAUAGAUUAUUCUUCGCUGGAAGGUCCUUCCAUGGAUCAACUAUAUGAAUCAGGAACGAUCCUUUCAACUCUUGAUGGGAAAAUGGUUAUCCUGGCAGGAUCAACAGUUGGAGGCGGCUCGGCUGUCAAUUGGUCAGCAUCUAUCAAAACACCAAAGUAUGUGCUCCGUGAGUGGGCCGAGGACUGUAAGAUCCCAUUCUUUGCAAGCCCUCAAUAUUUAUCAGCCAUGGAUACAGUGUGUGAAAGAAUUGGUGUAACAGAAAAAUGUACGGAAGAAGGGUUCCAGAAUCAAGUCCUCCGUAAAGGGUGUGAAAAACUUGGUCUUGAAGUUGAGGCAGUGCCACGAAAUUCCUCAGAGAAUCAUUACUGUGGUUCUUGCUGUUAUGGUUGCAGAACAGGAGACAAACAAGGGACAGACUCGACUUGGCUGGUUGAUGCUGUGAAUUGUGGUGCAGUGAUAAUAACAGGAUGCAAAGCCGAGAGAUUCAUAAUAGAAAAGAAUGAGCACGGAAGGAUAAGAAAAAAGAAAUGCAGGGGAGUUAUUGCAAAAAUUUCAAAUGAAAACAUAGCAAAGAGACUGCACAUUGAGGCCAAAGUAACAAUCUCGGCAUGUGGAUCACUCUUGACACCCCCUCUGAUGAUAUCUAGUGGUUUGAGAAACCAAAACAUUGGUCGGAACCUUCACCUCCACCCUGUUCUGAUGGCAUGGGGAUACUUUCCAGAGUCUAAUUUAGAGCUCAAGGGAAAAAACUAUGAGGGUGGGAUAAUCACGUCAGUACAUAAGGUGGUGUCAGAGGAGUCCAACAUAAGAGCCAUUGUUGAAUCUCCUGCUUUAGGGCCAGCAUCAUUUGCUGCAUUAUGUCCUUGGGAGUCUGGAAUUGACAUAAAGAAUAGGAUGCUGAAAUAUACUAGAACUGCUCAUUUAUUUUCAAUGAUUAGGGAUCAAGGAUCUGGAGAGGUAAAGUCAGAGGGAAGGAUAAGCUAUAACUUCAACACAUUGGACAAAGAAGAUAUGAAGGCAGGGUUGCGGCAGGCAUUGAGGAUUUUGGUAGCCGCGGGAGCUGUUGAGGUGGGCACCCAUCAGAGCGAUGGGCAAAGAAUCAAAUGUGAGGGGAUUAAAGAGAAGGAAUUGGAGCAGUUUUUGGACACAGUUUAUGCAGCUGAAGGGCCACAAUCACUGGUGGAGAAGUGGACAACCUAUUCCUCUGCCCAUCAAAUGGGGAGUUGUAGGAUGGGGAUCAACGAAAAGGAAGGUGCAGUUGAUGUGAAUGGCGAGAGUUGGGAAGCAGAAGGCCUAUUUGUUUGCGACGCUAGUGUUCUCCCCAGUGCUGUUGGUGUCAAUCCGAUGAUCACCAUCCAAUCAACUGCUUAUUGCCUCUCGAAGAAUAUAGCAGUGUCUUUGAAAAAAGAAAAAGUUCUCUAAAAGUGUGUAGAGGCAGGAAUAAAGAUUAUGCCCCAGUGUACAAGCAAGUAUAAAGGUCAUUGUUGAGGAGUUAGGCUUUAAUGUUUGGUAUCAUUUUGCACAAAAUGUCUAACUCCUAAAUUGGAAUAUGUUUCCCUUAUAUUCGACCAAGCUUUAAUCCGUAACCAAAGCAAUGGUCCAAAAGUUUCAUGCUUGAUAUCAGAAGAGAAAGGUUGCUUGUUUAAUACAACAAAAAUUGUACAACAUCCAAAUUUGGACGCCUUAGCAUUGCUCUUAAUAUAAAUAAGAAACAUUCAGUAAAA